AUGUCACGGGUUAUCUGAUGAGAAAUAGGACGUACACUUGUAAUAUCUCCCUGAACUACAGGUUUGUUGAAAUCGAAGUCUAUGGAAAUGACGUAAAUGGCGCGAAAGGUUGUACUAGGAGCACAGGAAAUUAUCUUCCCAUCAAAGGAAUUACAACAACUACAAGACAGUAACCACUUACUGGACAAUCCCGAGGCGCUCCGAAAGGAAAUUCAAGAAAAGGGUUUUCUCUUUAUCCGAGGAUUCCACGACAGGCAAGAGGUGCUACAAGCUCGCCUGUCAGUCCUGGAAUAUGUUAAUCAGAAGGCGGAGUUUAAGCUAAUGUCCCCGCCCACACAAGGAAUUCUAGAUGAAAGGUGUGGCAGAGGGUGUAUACCAUUCAUGGAGGGGAAGAAUGACGUCACACACUGCCCAAGUGUUCUCAAGAUUCUGGAAGGACGCCGACCGAGGCAGUUCUUUCAGAGAUUUCUUGGAACGGAAGCCAGGACUUUUGAUUUCAAGUGGUUGAGAGGUAUAAAUCGAAAGCAAUUCACUGGUGCUCAUGUAGACAACGUUUACAUGGGGCGUGGAUCCAAGAAUUUGUACACAGUGUGGACACCUUUCGGAGACACUUCGGUGGAAAUGGGUACCUUGGCUGUGUGUGAGGGAUCUAACUCUCUACCAAGUUUCAGGAAACUCCAAGCUACAUAUGGUGAACUGGACAUGGAAAAGGAAAAUGUAGAAGGUACCGGCUGGUUUACGGAAGACCCAUUCGAAAUUACGUCAAAGUUUGGUGGAACCUGGAAAACUUCCGAUUUCCAUGCCGGAGACGUCCUCAUAUUCACCAUGAGAACGGUUCACAUGUCCACCUCUAACCUUACCGACUUUAUCCGAAUCAGCUGCGACACAAGAUGGCAGCCAGCAAAUGAAGAAGCAGAUCCCCGGUACAUGGGCGACAUAGGGGCGGUGGCUCCUAAAUACGGAUUGUUUGGUAAAGAACGUGAAAAAGUUUGGACAGUGGAGGACCUGAAAGUACAGUGGGGGAUCUAAAAUCUGUAGAGGCGGCCAUGGAGAAAUGAUCAUACACAACACACAGUGGGGGAUCUAAAAUCUGUAGAGGUGGCAAGGGAGAAAUUCUCAUAAACAACACACAGAGGGGGAUCUAAAAUCUGUAGAGGUGGCAAGGGAGAAAUGAUCAUAAAUAAUUUGCAUUAUACACAACCUUUUCUCGGCAUAAGAUUUCUUACUACUCUUUCCAAUAAAUGUUUAAAUCAUAUUGUG